UUGAACUGUCAAUUCUGUCAAUCGCGCAUUGCCAGAUUUUUAGGGAAACCGGUAAAAGAUUUGCAAUUUGUGAGAUUCUUUUGGCGAUGGCAUCAUUCAAAUUGGUUUCCUCCACGAAGGCCAAUGGGAAGAUCCCGGUGCAUAAGUACAGGAGUGAAAUUACUGGCCUAACGCUGAUCCUUGCAGAGGUGGAGGGUCCUGUGGUUAAUGGUUACUUCGCACUAGCCACCGAGGCCAAUGACGACGAUGGGCUGCCGCACACGUUGGAGCAUCUCAUUUUCCUCGGCUCUGAGCUGUAUCCCUACAAGGGAGUUCUGGAUCUUCUGGCCAAUCGUUGCUUGGCAUCCGGGACGAAUGCAUGGACCGAUACGGAUCACACGUGCUACACUAUGACCACGGCAGGAUCUGAUGGUUUCCUGGAGCUCCUGCCCAUCUUCCUGGAUCACAUUCUCUAUCCCACACUCUCCGAUGCUGGCUUCAUCACUGAGGUCCAUCACAUCUCGGGCGAUGGUGAGGACGGUGGGGUGGUUUACUGCGAAAUGCAGGGCCGAGAGAAUUCCGGGGAGAGCAAGGGGCAGCUCCAGAUGCUACGAAGUGUUUACCCGAAUUGUGGGUAUUCCGCUGAAACGGGUGGCAUUAUGCACAACCUCCGAACGAGCACAACGAAUAAGAAAGUCAGGGACUACCAUGCAGCCUUCUAUCGUCCUGAAAAUCUCGCCAUCAUCGUCACGGGGCAGGUGUCCAUUGACGCUCUCUUGCGGGUUCUCAAGCCUGUCGAGGAGAGGAUCCUCAAGAAGGGCAAACGACCACCUUUUCAGCGACCCUGGCAGACACCUGUUGCACCCCUUGCCCAGUCUCAGGAUAUAAAGGUCCUUUAUCCAUCCGAUGAGGAAGACUGUGGAUUGGUUUUCAUUGCCUAUCGCGGUCCAAAGUGCACCACGGAGCAUACAACCCUCACUGCAUGCUCUGUCCUAAUGCGCUACCUUUCAGACACAAGCGUGAGCCCCCUUCAGAGGGAUCUCCUUGAAAUUGAUGAUCCCUACGCGAGUAAAGUCAGCUACAACAUUGGCGAGAAUUCCGAGACAGUUCUCAAUUUUAUCUACCACAACGUACCGCUGCAUUUUGUCGAUGAUGUCAAGAAGAAGCAUCAGGAGGUGCUGGAGAAGAUUGCCAGUGGCGAGGAAAAGAUUGACAUGACCCGCAUGAGGAAUAUCAUUGAGAAGAAUAUCCUUGAAUCGUGGAGUUGUUUGGAGGAUAAUCCGCACGAAGCGAUUGCUUUCCUCGUCAUUGGGGACGUUCUCUACGGGAGUACAGCUGAGGAUUUUGAGCUGAGACUCAAUACAAAUAUUGAGUAUGAGAGUUUCAAGGAGAAGGACGAGGGAUUCUGGAUUGAUUUGCUGAAGAAGUACUUUGUCGACACGAAAAUUAUCCUCGUGAAGGCAGUUCCGAGUAUUGAGGAGCAACAGCGUAUGUCCAAGGAGGAAAUUGAGCGUAUUGAGCGUCAAAGGGCUGAUUUGGGUGUUGAGGGGAUGAAUACGAAGGGGGAUGAGCUGGCUGAGGCAAUGGCACAAAAUGAGAUUCCCCCGCCGACGGAAAUGCUGACACAGGUCCCAAUUCCCGGAACGGAUGCCAUUAAAUUUCAUCCUGUUAAGGUUUAUCGAUCUGGCGGGAAGGAUAACAAUACGACAGGUUUCGACGUUGAUAACUUACCUGUCUAUGCUGAAGCCUACGAUAUGCACACGAAUUUCGUUUAUAUGAUCGUUACCUUAAAUACGGAUUGUCUCAAGCCUGAUCUUCGACCUUAUUUGCUGCUCUUUAUCGAUCUCCUUAUGGAGUCACCAAUUCGUCGGGAUGGUGUUCUCAUACCCUAUGAGCAGGUUGUAGCUGCUCUUGAGUCUGAUGUGAUUUGCUCAUCAAUUGCUCUUGGUUUGGAGUCAAAGAGUCGCUUCUCCUGCGGUCCCUUCUCCCACACACUAACCAUGUCCCUUCAGGUUGAGCCGCAAAAGUACACAAAGGGGGUGAAGUGGAUUAAGGAACUUCUGCACAAUACGGAGUUUACAGUUGAGAGAAUUCGCGUGUGUGUGGCGAAGAUGAUAAAUGAUGUGGCACAGGCGAAGCGAAAGGGCAACUCAGUUGUUCAUGAUCUCCUCAAAGCCCUCUUCUACAAUCGCGAGAGCAACGUCCAGCUAAGCUCAAUGCUGCGUCAACACAAAUUCCUCACUGGGCUCCUUGAGCGUAUGGACACAUCCGAGGGGGCGGCUGCAGUUGUGGAUGAUCUCAAUUGGGUAAGGUACGAGAUAACGCGCGCAAAGAACAUUGCAAUUCACGUUGCGGCCGAUUGGAUGCGUCUUGCGGAGAUUGCACCGGAUCUAAAUGAUCCGUGGAAGGAGAUUGCUCGUUUGGGGGAUAACGUUCAGGAGCGCAAGUUGACCGUUGUUAAUGAUUGGACUUUGAUGGAUGUUGUGUCACAAUUGCCGGAUGGUACGGUGGGAACAGUUGUGGGAUUGGGAUGCGUCGAGGGGGCGUACUUCAUUCAAGCCGCUCCGGCUAUUCGGGACUUUAUGGAUCCGGACUUGCCGGCUCUUUUGCUCUUUCUGCAGUACUUAACGCAACUCGAGGGACCACUUUGGCGUCAAAUUCGCGGGCAGGGGCUCGCCUAUGGGUACACAAUAAUCCCACGCCCCCAUGAAGGGCUCAUCUAUCUCACCUUCUAUCGCAGCACCAACGUCAUGGCGGCCUACAAGGAAACCAAAGCCAUUGUUGAGCGUCAAAUCUACGGGAAUGACGUUGACGAGGAGUCCCAAUCACGUUGGGAGCCAACUCUCCUUGAAUCAGCACGUAGCUCCCUCAUUUUUGAGCUGAUUGAUCGUGAGAAGAGUCUUGGGGAUAUUGUGUCGCAAUGCUUGCUGUCAAGCUUCAAGAAUAUCUCCAUUGAUUACAAUAGAAUGAUUGUGGAUAAAAUUGGAAGCAUUACGGAGGAAGAACUCAGUGAAGUUGGUCAGAAGUACGUGGAGUCUCUGUUCUCGUCCAAAGCAAAGACAGCCAUUGUUUGCCAUCCGGACCGCUCUUCCGACAUUGCUGCUGCAUUUGAGCAAAUGGGGCAUCCGUUGUCGGUGAAAGUACUCGAAGACAGCGUUCUAGCACACUCCUGCUAAACUAGUUCGAUGCAUUCCAACUUUAAAUGCACUUAAUUAUGGAGAAAAAACUAUUAAUUUAAUGUUCUGCAUGAUCACAAAUCACAAAAGUAACGACUUCGACUUCACCGUAUCUUUCAAUAAAAUUUUUCUUUCUCUGCAA